AUGGCAGUCACCAAUCUAACACCAGUCAAAUCACUAUCAGACCUUUCCCAAGCCUCAUACGACACUAAUGCCACAGAGUCGACCUCGAGUAGCUCAGACUACAAACGUGUUUCCUUUGGAGCAAUUCAUGUUCGUGAGCAUGAACGUAUCAUUGGAGAUCAUCCAGAAACCAAGAUUGGAGUCCCUCUAAGUCUUGGUUGGGGCUACCAUGAUAAGGCAUCCACUCCAAUUGAGCAAUACGAGUCGGAGCGUGUCCUCAAGGGAAAGCUUCGAAUGAGCUCCAUUACCAGGAAAAACAUUCUCCACAACGUUUACGGCAUUCCAGAAGACGAGAUUCGAGCCGCGGAAAAGGAGGUUCGAAUCAUCAGUGAACGCAACGAAAAGAUGCAGCAAAAGUCUGAAAAGAAGGCGAAGAAAGUUUCCACGAUGAAAAAAGUCGGAAAGCAAUUCAAGAAAAUUCUGAAUGCCGAUGCUUUCAUCAAGGGGCUAGCAGCUGCAUCCCCAGGAACUUCCAUGAUGGCGUAUUGA